GGCCGUUUCGUGUUUUGGAGUGACGCAACGCAUACGUGACCAACCAGACUUGGACGAUUCAUUCUAGAGCAGAAACAUAGUCUGAGACAUGCGCGGAAAAUAGUAAAUAUGACGCUAAAGUCAUUAAUAUUUAAUCGCGUAGACAAGUAAUACUAGUUUUGAUCACAACAAUCCAAAAAGAAAAUGAAGUUGCUUCAUAAAGAUAUUGAAAAAGACAAUGCCGGCCAGGUGACGCUGAUGCCGGAAGAAGCGGAGGACAUGUGGCACACCUACAACUUGCUUCAGAUCGGAGACAGCCUACAGGCUUCCACCAUCAGGAAGGUGCAGACUGAGUCCUCCACCGGCAGUGUGGGCAGCUCCAGGGUCCGCACCACCCUCACCGUGUGUGUGGAGACCAUCGACUUUGACUCCCAGGCCUGCCAGCUGAGGGUGAAGGGAACCAACCUCCUGGAGAACCCGUAUGUGAAGAUGGGGGCCUAUCACACCAUAGAGCUUGAGCUGAACAGGAAGUUCACUCUGGCUAAGAAGGUGUGGGACAGUGUUGUGUUGGACAGGAUCGAGCAGGCAUGUGACCCCAGCCAGAAGGCGGAUGUGGCGGCCGUGGUGAUGCAGGAGGGGCUGGCUAACCUUGUGCUGGUGACUCCGGCCAUGACCCUGCUCAGGGCCAAGGUGGAGGUGACCAUCCCCCGCAAGAGGAGGGGCAGCUGCACCCAGCACGACAAGGCUCUGGAGAGGUUCUAUGAAGCUGUGAUGCAGGGGAUCCUCAGACACAUCAACUUUGACGUGGUGAAGUGCAUCCUGGUGGCCAGUCCUGGCUUUGUGAAGGAGCAGUUCAUGACCUUCCUGUUCCGAGAGGCUGUGCGCCAGGACUGCAAACUGCUGCUGGAGAACCGGCCCAAGUUCAUGAUGGUCCACUCCUCCUCGGGACACAAGUACUCCCUGAAAGAGAUCCUGACUGACCCCAGUGUGACCAGCAGACUGUCAGACACCAAGGCUGCAGGGGAGGUGAAAGCCCUGGAGGACUUCUACAAGAUGCUGCAGCAUGAGCCGGACAGAGCCUUCUACGGGCUGGCCCACGUGGAGAAGGCCGCUGACGCCUUGGCUGUGGACACCCUGCUCAUCAGUGACAAGCUCUUCAGACAUCAGGACGUCGCUACGAGGAGCCGGUACGUGCGGCUGGUGGACAGCGUCAGGGACAACGGAGGCAGCGUCAGGAUGUUUUCCAGUCUUCAUGUCUCUGGAGAACAGUUGACUCAGCUGAGUGGUGUAGCAGCCGUUCUGCGCUUCCCCAUUGCUGACCUAUCAGAGCCUGAGGAGGACAGCAGCUCGGACGAGGACUGACCCCUCCCUCCUCUCCCCGUCUCCCUCCUCUCCCCCUGUCUCUCUCCUCUCCCCCUGUCUCUCCUCUCCCCCUGUCUCCCUCCUCUCCCCCUGUCUCCCUCCUCUCCCCCUGUCUCUCCUCUCCCCCUGUCUCCCUCCUCUCCCUCUCCCUCUCUCCUCUCCCCCUGUCUCCCUCCUCUCCCCCUGUCUCUCUCCUCUGCCACUGCCUCUGCUCUCUAGAUCUGCUCAUCAUCAUCUGACCUGCUGUGUGUGGUGUGCAGGGUGACGACACAAAAGGCUGGGCUGAGCUGUUUGAUAUUGGUGCCAAGUUCUAAUAAAACACACAUACAGGAUGGGGGAAACCUGAUUAAUAACACAGUACAGAUCAACAUGAAUAGACACGCAUGAUUUAUUUCUAAUGAGGCUUUUGCUAAAUGUUCCUUUAAAGUGUAUAUAUAUACAGUUUUUUCUUGCAAUAAAACUAUGUGAAGCAUAGA